AUAUAUAUCGUCAUAAGAAUCGCCAAACUAUGACUAGCUAGCUAACGCCUAACGCCAUCUCUCUCUCUCUAGACUCUCUCUCUCUAUGUACUGGCUUGCCUUGUUUGUGUCAUUUAUACAAUGUAAAGAGAGAGAGAGAGAGAGGGAGGAAUAAUAAAAUAGUGGUCACUUUUAGAAGAUAUCUGAAGCCCACUUAAUUCUUCUGCUGCACUGUAAUCAAGAAACACGCACAAAACACACACACAGAGAGAGAAUGUUCAAACUGCACAGGCCAUCAACUAACAAACUACCAAAGCAGAGGCAGAGGGUUGAUUUCAAAUUCUCCAAUUUUCAAGCCCUUCAGGUACCGAAGGGAUGGGACAGACUGUAUGUAUCUAUAGUGUGUGCAGAGACAGGGAAAACAAUGACGAAAUUGGGUAAAGCUCUUGUCAAAAACGGCAGCUGUCAAUGGACAGAGGCUCUAUCCGAAUCCAUCUACAUGACCAGAGACGCUUCAUCCAACGCCUACGACGAAUGCCUCUUCAAGCUUCUCGUUUCUACCGGGUCGACGAGAUCGAGCCCCCUCGGAGAAGUAGUAGUCGAUAUGUCGCAGUACACAAGUGCACGAGUAGCCACCACAUUUUCGCAACCGCUAAAGAAAUGUAGUUACGGAACAAUUUUGCAGGUCAAAAUUCAAUGCUCAACUCCAAGAUCGAAAAUCGGGGACGAAGAAUCGAAAAAUAGCACACCAAAAUCUGUUGAAAAUGAUCGGCAAAUGGAUUUAGAUAAUCCACGUAGCAGUAAUGUUAGGCCUCCGAGUGAAGACUUUGGCACUACCUCACAUCCGAUUAAAUUAGAUAGCGAGGAAGGGAGCCAAUCGGAAUCAUCCGGUGCAUCUCAGAGCUUCGACUGUGUGAAAAAGUUAUCGAGAAAGAAUGCUUUGAAGAGUGAAGUUUACGAAUAUAAUGCGCCCGAUUUCGAAAACGUUUCUCCGUCGAACGAGUCAUCCUCGAAUUCCAAGCUUUAUUCGAGACACGAUUUUCAAAGCGAGCAAGCAGUGAACAGAUUUUCCGCUACAAACUAUCUCGGUUCUUCAAAGAACCUUCUAGAAGCAGCGGAAGAUACCAUCGCUCAACUCCGAGCAGAAGCCAAGAUGUGGGAGAGAAACGCUCGGAAGCUAAUGAUCGAUUUGGAUAUAUCGAAAAAGGAAUUCUCCGAUUUGUCUAAAAAGGAGAAAGAGUUGGUAGUGGAGCUCUCAGCUGAACAUGCAGAAAAAGACGGCCUUAAUAAAGAAGUGGCGAAAUUGAAAUUAGAGUUGCAAAAUCGGGCAAUAAAAGAGGAUUCCGUCGGCCAAUCGGAAGGUCUCGUUCAGAUCCAAAAGGUGCUGGAAAAUGAGAUAAAAUAUCAACAGGAUUUGAACCAUAAUUUAGACCAGCAGCUCAAGCAAAGCCAAGAAUCGAAUAUCGAACUCGUUUCCGUUCUUCAAGAGCUCGAAGAGACAAUAGAAAAACAGAGGAUCAAAAUCGAGAAUCUAGAAAGUUCCGUGGCUAAAAUAUCAAUGGGUAACAGUAAAUUGGAAGGUGAUGUUCGUUUGCUUGAAGAAUCUUUAAGGGAUAAAACCGAUGAGAUAGCGAGCUUGGAAGCAACGCUGUCGGGUUACGGUAAAGGCGAACAUUUCGAGGCGUUGGAUGAUAAUAGUAAUGAAAAUGAUGUGAGAGAAAUUGAAUUGUUGAGAGAGAAAAUUCGGGAGCUGGAAAAGGACUGUACGGAGCUCACUGACGAGAAUCUCGAACUUUUGUUCAAGCUUAAGGAAUCGAAUAAGAUGGAUAUGAGGAAAUGUGCGUCGUUCGAUUCGAUGUCGAGCGAGCAUGCGACGAAUGUUUGUUGUCCGAGCGACGAUUCCGAAGUGAGCGAUCGUAAAUUUCAGAUUUGCCACUUGGAGGAGGAGCUUAAGAAGAAAGUGGAGGAGGAGCAGAAUGUUUCGGAAAAUUAUUCCGAGUUGAAUAAGAUCUUGGAAAUGAAGCUGGCUGAGUCGGAGAAAAUUCUCGAAGAACUUGAAAAAUCGAAGGCCGAAAGCGACGAGACGUGUGCGAAUUUAAUGAAGGAAUUGGAGGGAAAAAGAUUGGAGAUUGAUGUUUUAGAGGCUAAUUUGGUGGCGAAGGUACAGGAGGUUGACUUUCUUUCGCGGGAGAAGAUCCGUUUGGAGCAGAAUAUCGAACUCGCUUUGAGGGAGAAGAACAUCUCGUUGGAAUCUUUGGAGAAUCUUCAGAAUGAUCUCACUGCCCUUCGUGGCGCUGUCGGUUCGCAUGUAUCUGCUAAUGAAAAUCUCGAGAGGGACUUAGAAACGGUGGAAAAUAAAAGACGGGAAUUGGAAAACAGUUUAUCGGGUUUGCAUGAAGAAAAUACGCGGUUGCACGAACGCAUAAAACAACUGAAGGACGAAAACGAGUCUCUCACAUUUGAUCUCGAACGAAAAUUCGACGAUAUGCAGAAACAGUGGCUAUUAGCUCAAGAGGAGUGCGAGUAUCUUAAACAAGAGAUGAAACUUCGGAAUUCAAAUUCAGAAGUGGAGACGGAAAAUCAAGAACUGCGUGAGAAUUGUUCGGCUUUGGUGGCUCAAUUAAACGAAUCGAAUAAAAGUUUGUCCGAUUGCUCUUUAAAGGUCGAAUUGCUAGAGGGUCGUCUCGCUUCAAUGGUAGACGAUUUCGAGGUGAGAGAAAACGGUCUGAAAUCACAGUUGGACGCGCUCGUUAAAGAAAACAGCUGUCAGAAAGAGAAACUUGCUCUCGAGGAGAGUUUGCAUCAGAUGUAUUUGGAGAAGUCGACGGAGUUCGAGAGCCUCAGUAAACAAUUACUAUCGGAAGCUCGUAAAGAAAGGGAAAGAAUUUCUUUGGAAGCUUCCGGUGAAAUUUCCCGUUUGAUAGCUGAGAGAGACGAGCUGCGAGCUUCACUUGAAGAAGUGAAGUUGAAAGCCGAAUCGUACGAUAGUAAGCUCGAAGCAGCCAUGCGGGAAUCUGAGCUGGCAAUUCAAGAAUUGACAGGUCAGCUUGUUGACUCCAAACGAAGCCUUGAGAGAGCUUUGAGUUCGUUGGCCGGUUAUAAGAGAAACGACGAGAAACUGAAGAGUGAACUGAAUGAUCUUGAGUUGAAGCUCACGAUUUCCGACUACGAAAGGCAGCAACUUAUUAAAGAAACGAGUAAUUUGAAAGUCCAGCUUCAGAGUUUAUCGAUUCUUCGUGACGAAAUAUCGACUUUGAAAAGUGAGCUUGAAGAUUGUAGGGUUGAUAAGGGUAAGUUUGAGCAUGCGUUGAAGACGAUUAGUGGAGAUUACGAAGAAGUUAAGGCGGAGAAUAAUUUGUUCAAAGAAAAAGUGUCUGAGUUUGAGGAAUGUAAAAGGACAAAAUUAGCCCUGGAAGAAAAGCUUCUGCAGAUGGAGAAGGAGUUGAGUGAGAAAGAGAUUCUGUGCGUUCGAAAAACGGAUCUUGAAAACGAACUAACUGAAAUGAAGAAAUCGAAUGUGGAGUUUCAGAAGAAGAUGUAUAGACUCGAAGAGGAGAGAGACGAAUGCUUAAAGAAAGCUCAAUCUCUUGAAGAAAAUAUAAAGUUGAUGGAGGAGAGAAAUAUUAAUAACAAUAAUAUGCAUGAAGAGGGAGGGUACAACCGUGAUUUUGACGGCGAAAGUCCUCUUGCUAUCAGUGUGGAUCCUACGACUAAACAACAGCUGUUUGAAAACGAAGUUGCUGAGGGAUCGGAUGCAAAUAACAGAGUUCUGCAUGGAAGGUACGAAAGGACAAAGUCGUCAUUUGAGACGGAGCUAAGGGAGCUAAGAGAGCGCUACCUAGAAAUGAGCCUAAAAUACGCAGAAGUGGAGACGCAGCGUGAAGAUCUUGUAAUGCAGCUUAAAGCAGCGAGAAGUGGAAAGAGAUGGUUCGCGUGAAAUCGCCGUACAUCUUUUCGCUCGAAAGACGUUAUUAACCUCAACUAGCAACAUAUGUGUAGUAACUAAUAGUUGAUUUUUUUUUUCAUGAUUAACAUUUCUUGGUAUGGUAGGACUAAUGAUAAGCUAUGGCUGAAAUAGCAAAAGAAAAUAAUAAUAAUAACAAUGAUAAUAAUAAAAUAAAAAAGGAGAAAAAGGCCAUUGCAAUUUUUUGUACUUGUUCUUUUGUUUAUUAGUUAAUGAAAUAAUAAUAUGCCUCCAUGAUACUUCUAUAUGAAGGUUGAGUUUAA